GAUCAAGGAGUUGGUACUUACGACUAAAUUUUCCUUCGUAAUCAUGAAUAACAAACAGUGACAAGAGCAAGAUGUUCAAUCAAGAUACUCAGCCUAACAAGAUGUUCUACCAAGAUGCUCAGCCUCGCCGCAAAGUUAACCAGUGUGUCAGUUUCCCUUCCAACCAGCAAGAUGCAACUGGAAGAACAUCUCUAGAAAGAAGGAAAAACAGAUGGUUCAUCCAGACAAACGUUACAAGUGAUCUAAUUAUAAACGUAGAAGAGAAUAUCUUUCACUUACAUAAGGUGCCGAUGGUUUCAAAAAGUGUAUAUAUAAACAAAUUGGUGUUUGAAGGAAGAAACGACGGAGGAAGAAAUUCUGUUCUCAGCAUCAACAUAGAAAACCUUCCUGGUGGUAGUCUUAUGCUUGAAUUGAUAAUAAGAUUUUGUUAUGGUUUACCGAUCAAUCUUAAUGUAACUAACGUUGCGCCACUCUACUGUGCGGCACAUAUCUUGGAUAUGAAUGAAGAUUUUGAACAAGGUAACUUGAUUUCGAAAACAGAAACUUUCUUUAGCUUUAUCAUAUUCUCUUCAUGGAAACACACAAUUCAGAUUUUAAAGAGUUGCGAGACUAUUCCUUCAUUGCCUAAAGAUUUGAAACUCGAGAAACGCUGUACUGAAUCACUAGCUUGGAAGGCGAGUUUAGAAACUAAAUCUAUUUACAAAGUUGAGAAUAUGCACAAUUCUGAUACGACGAGAUGUAAAGAAAAUAUGCCCGGAGGUUGUGACUCUAUGGAUACGGAAACAUGGUGGUUUGAAGAUGUAUCCGUUCUUAGAGUCGAUCAUUUUGUUGGGUUGAUAAAUGCAGUUAAAAGGAAGAACAUGAGAUUCAAACUGGUUGGAUCAUGCAUUGAAUACUGGGCUUUGAAGAGGCUCCCGUCGAUGGCGAAACACGGGUUUGGUUUAAAAGAAAAAGACGUUCAAAGAGUUACAAUCCGAAGUUUGAUUGAGAUACUUCCUGUUGAGGAAAAUUCAGUUUCUUGCAGCUUCUUACUCCACCUUCUGAAAGUUGGUUUAAUACUCGAUAUCGAUCCUGAAUUAACAAGACAGGUGGAAAGUAGACUAGUUUUGAUGCUAGAAAAAUGUUGCACAGAAGAUCUCACUGUAAGAAAUUACAGUGAUAACCAAGGCAUUUACGAUGUUGACAUAGUCGUUAAGGUGGUGAAAGCUUAUGAAACACAUUACACGAGUAAUUCAACAUCUAGAAUAUAUGUGGUUGCUUCACUUGUGGAUGAAUACCUAAUGUCAGUUGUUGCUAAAGACGAUCAGCUCUCAGUGAAGACUUUCCUGUCCCUCGUUGAAGCAUUGCCUAAAAAUGCACGUGUCUACGACGACAAACUCUACACUGCAAUGGAUAUGUAUCUCAAGUCACACCCUACAUUGACAGAAGAGGAAAGAAGCGGUAUUUGUAAAUUCUUGCAGUAUGAUAAGUUAUCAAAAGAAGCCAAAAAUCAUGCCAUGAACAACGACCGGUUGCCGUUGAAAGUGACAAUUAAAUUUCUUCUUUUAGAACAGCUAAAUAUGACGUCGAAUUUCGUAAGGACAAAAUCUCAAGCUAUUGCGAGAAGAGAAUUAGCAAAAAGAUGGGAGAAGGCACAAAAGGAGAUUGCUUUUAUGAAGGAUGAGAUGGAGAAGAUGAAGAUACAAUUCAAUGACUUGAAAAAAUGUGGUGGAACCCUGAGGAACAAGAUGGGAUUGUACUUGGAAUCUUUGUAACAAUUGUUGGCUUUGUACUAGUAAAUUAGUUUCUUUAAAUUAUAUGCUUCUUUAAGGACUUAAAAGAGUAUCUAUAACAGCUUAAAAAUGUUGUCCAUA